AUGGAUCAUCAAACGAGACUACACAGACUCGUUGAAACAGAUUGGUACUCUCCUCGAAGACUCCUCAGUAGCCCCACCGAUUUCGAUUUUCCGGGAGAUCGCUUUAUACCCAACAGAAGUUUGAUGAAUCUUGAUCAAGCUCACGCUUUGUUGACCAACAAAACAAUUAAGCGAUGCCAAAAUCCAAAAUUCAAUGAUGCAUAUAGACAGAAUCUGGAGGAUAAUCUGACUUUGGAUUCAGAAGGCAGACCGUUUAAAAUGUUGGUUUUCAGGGGAAGUCCAAAAUCAAGUAGAAAGUCCAACCGUCUUAUUGAUGAGAUGAGAAGGGAAGAUGCCGAGGCACUGCGAAAUAGUACCCAGCUAUAUCAACAUCGAGGCAUGCCCAAGAAAGAAGCUAAGAUCCUGGAUGCACCUAAUCUAAGGAAUGAUUUUUAUCUGAACAUCAUGGAUUGGGGGAAAAACAACAUGCUUGCUAUUGCUUUGGGCUCGGUGCUAUAUCUUUGGAAAUCGGAGAAUGGAGAUGUUCAAAAGUUGUCAGAAUCUCUUGGGGAGGAAAAUUACCCGACAAGUUUGGUCUGGUCUCAGGAUGCUAGAAAUCUGGCUGUUGGAUAUAUGGGCUCCGAAAUUCAGAUCUGGGAUGCCGAGACCUCAAAACUUGUUAGGAACCUCGAAGGUCACCUUAGAAGAGUAACAACUGUGUCAUGGAACCAAUGGAAUGGUCACAUUUUAACAUCAGCAGGCCUAGAUAAAUCCAUUAUCAAUCAUGAUGUUAGAGUGUCAAACAAUGUGACUUCAUGCAUAAUAGCGCACACUGAAGAAGUGUGUGGAGUUAAAUGGUCUACAGAAGGCAAUGUUCUGGCAAGCGGUGGUAAUGAUAAUCUGGUAUACAUAUGGGAGCCUUCCAAAAUGAGUUCGUCCAAAUUCUUGUACCAGUUUAAUGAACAUAGUGCCGCAGUCAAGGCCCUUGCAUGGUGCCCGUACCAAUUUAAUGUACUUGCCUCUGGAGGAGGCACAGCAGAUGGGCGAAUUAAGAUAUGGAAUGUACAAAAAGGGACAUGCAUCUGCAGUGUAGAUACCAAAGCACAGAUUUGUGGACUAGAGUGGAACAGGCAUCACAAAGAGAUAUUGAGUGGACAUGGCUUCAGUAGAAGCAGAAAUGAAAACAAACUAUGCUUGUGGAAAUACCCUUCCAUGGCUAAAGUUGGGGAAUUAAAGCCUGAAACCCCUAGACAAAGCUCCAGAGUCCUUGAGCUUUCCCAGAGCCCUGAUGGCCUAACUGUGGUAUCAGCUGGGGCAGAUGAGACUAUUCGAUUCUGGGAGAUUUUCGGACCACCUUCCAAAGAUCCAAACGUUUCAUAUCUUGACAGCCUUCUCUCUCUAAAGACAUCCCCCAUAAGAUGA